UUCGACAUCCAAAUUACAUACGUUCGGGUCGCUUACGCUUUAACCCUUACUCCUCGUUAUAUCCUUACGGUUUUUACGAUGUCUGCGCGAUUUCCAGACCGAUCAGACUCAAAGCGCAGCAGGUCGCGAUCGCCGUCCUCGUGGCAUCAGCCCCAGAAACAUCCCCGUCGGGAGGACGGAGAAUGGCGCGACCGACAAGACUCGGAUCGCAGAUGGAACAAUGAGAGAUCGGGCCCUUCGCAGCAGCCUCGCAACAUGCGCGAUCAAGUCCGGCUCAACUUGAUCCAGGAAGACCAGCAAGAGCGCGAGUGGGUCGCGCAGGAGGAUUUGUUCGUUCUGAAGCAGGCCAAAAAGAAGGCAGAGAUUCGAGUCAAGGAAGGGCGCGCAAAGCCUAUCGACUGGCUGACUGUUACUCUCCGCAUCAUCGAUCCUACGCGUGAUCCCUUGGAUGACGAGAUAGCAGACUCCGAUCUGGAUGUCGUGGACCCGGACGGUGUGUUUGAGGGACUAUCGCAGACCCAACUACAGGACUUGGAGAAGGAUAUUGAUACAUUUGUUAUCCUUGAGACAAAUGCGAAGAAUCGUGAAUUCUGGCAGACUAUGAAAGUCAUCUGCCGAGAUCGUCAAAAGACCGUUACACCCGAAGGUCGCGCAUUGAAUUCUGUGGCUGCCGACAUCAACAAACUACUAAGCCCAAAGUCCUACGAGCAGCUUCAAAACCUCGAAGUACAAGUGAAACGCAAGUUGAACUCGAACGAGCCGAUCGAUACAGAUUACUGGGAAGAGUUGCUGCGCAGUCUGACUGUGUGGAAGGCCAGGGCGAGUCUGAAAAAUGUUUAUCAGGCUAUUAUCGAUGAGCGUGUUCGCGACCUGAGGAGGCAGCAAAGACAGGAAGCCGAAUCAAUUCGCGAAAAACUAGCGCCUCUUGCCCCGGUUGUCAUUGCGGGUGAUACAACAAAUCCUGCUGAGUUUGAAGGCCUGGAUCCAGAUCCAAUGCUCCAGAUUCGCCCGGAGGACAAAGGCUUGGAAAUCAUGGACGAGUCCGCAUUCCUUAACCAAGUGGCCCGUGAGCGCCAGAAAAUUAUCCGCAUGGGCUUUGUCCCACUACGUCACCGAGCUGCAGAGAAGUCAUCAAUAGUAGUGUCGAAUCCGACAUCUACCAACGCCCCCGCGGCCUCUGUAUCCACGCGGUUCUCGUCCAUCCCGAACGAGGACUUCUCGCAAGCGACCAAAGCGCUAUAUGAAAGGGAGCUCGCCAAGGGUGUCAGCGAGAAUGAGGAAAUAUUUACGGGCGAAGAGGCCGUGAGCACGAGCUCACAACCCCAAUGGGCUGGUAAGCACCGGCCUCGAAAGCCGCGGUACUUCAACCGAGUCCAAAUGGGUUACGAGUGGAACAAAUACAAUCAAACCCAUUACGACCAUGACAACCCGCCACCCAAGGUUGUACAAGGUUACAAAUUCAACAUCUUCUACCCCGACUUGAUUGACAAGACCAAAGCCCCAACUUAUCGAAUUGAGCGUGAGAACGGUCGGAAGCGUGGCGAGUCAUCGGCCGAAGCCGGCGAGGAAGACACCUGUCUCAUUCGGUUCAUGGCAGGACCUCCGUACGAAGAUCUUGCCUUUCGAAUUGUCGACAAAGAAUGGGAUUAUAGUGCCAAACGAGAGAGGGGUUUCAAGAGUACAUUUGACAAGGGAAUCCUUCAACUUCAUUUCCAGUUCAAAAGGAUCUAUUACCGGAAGUAACACAUGCGCAACCAACGAUUUCCACGUGGAUGUCAUAUCGGGAUGGAAAAAGUGGGUUACGAUGAUGUAUGCAGGGAGAUGUUCGGGGGUGUAUUUUCCAGUGACUUGAUACCCAGUGAAUCAGAUCAGACCUGGAUUGAUUGGACUGGAAACAUUUCCCCCAAGGUUUUCGCAGAAUAAGCCAGACUUGACCUCUGGAGAUAUCAGAUGCUUGAUUCAACAACCACUUCCUAAAUUUGACGACCCUGUCACCUUUUUUUCCCCAAGCACUAUGAUCGUCUUUUAGGAAGAAUCCGAAACCUCUUCAUUCGCCUUGACCACGACUAGCGUAUCAACACUAUAUGUCUCUUUUUCUUUUCUUUUUCAGUCACCAGGGUACUUGCAACAUGGGGGACGUUGGCGGUGUCCUUUGGGUGACACUAUCCCGGCCUGCAGGAGCAGGAUGUAUUCCUGACUUCCAGGUGGUUG